AUGUUCUUUUUUUUGCAAUAUGCAAANGUGUCCUUGUUAAUCUCAGAUGAUAAUGAAUUCUCUUUACUGUAUUGGUUUAUUCUGAAGGAAUCGGACGAAAAAUAUCGCCAUUCCCUCACAAGCUGUUACUACCUAGCCGCUGUGCUGGCCGAGGUCCCUACGUCAGUCCGUCAACUUUUCGACCAGACCACAGUCAACUUAUUCCCUCUGCUCAAAGACAUCCUUCUUGGAAGACCUCGAAAAGAUAUUGUAAUUAACGAUGACAUCUUGAAAUGCAAUAAGGCCAAGGCACUUCUAGAAAUGUUAGACAUUUGUACAAAAGAGUCUGUCGUCGUCGCAAUUCCUGCAUCUCAAAAACUGAUGGUGAAUGCCGUCUGGAUAGCCAUGCUGUAUGGUUGGCAUAGUCGUGAAGAACAGCAGUGACUCUCUGAUACAGAGUUUUAGCAGAACUUUGUCAUUCCACAUUGAAGAAAGUGUGUUUGGUGUGUGUUUAAAUUUUACAGCUGAUUCAAGAAAACUUAACAAUUGUUUGAUAUUGACAUUUUAUUUAAAUUCUAAAAUUGGUGAAGUUGUUGACGAUGCACUUUUAUGAACAACGCAAACUAAAUAAAUAAGGCUAGUUACAUGAACAGGCAUUUGUAUUGCGGUUGUGCAAUUGGGGAGCCGAGCAUGUCAUUCUAAAUUAUGUCAUUAUUUCUUGUCGCUGUUCUCUUAACAGUUUAUACCAAAUUGUUUCUAUCAAUACUCUUGUAUUCUGAAAGGUGGUAUAUCGUAGACUGAAGUUAAGUUAUCACCGUAACCAAAGUCUUUUAAGGAUUCAUGUUUCACUUCCAAAGCUGCAAUUAUGCAUCGGUAAGCUUUUUGACCCGCCAUAUAAAUUAAUAAGAUCAUUUUUAUUGAUCCACUCUGAAAAACAAAACAAAAGAAAUCUACAACAAUGUUUGCAUUAAAAUGCAGUGGAGUCGGACCAGGAUUCGAGUCCUGCUUUCACGAUCUGUAAACUUUUGCACUUAUCGAACUAAAUAACUGCAUCACUAGAAGUUCCCCGGCCCAGUCGCUCUAAAAGUGAAUCCAAACGAAAUCAAGGCGAGGUAACUGUAUAUAUGAAAAUAACAACAACAAUGGGACCCUCUAAUGGGUUUUUUCAGUAGAACAGGGAUCUAUAAUUACAAAAAAAAUAGUGCAAUGAUCUCAAUACCCACCGUCGAAGAUGAUAAGAAAUAUUUGAUUUCCUUAAUGAACCUGUACUAGAGAGGUACGAAAACAAUUAUUUGUUAAUUUGUUUUUAUUUGAUCAUCACAGAGACUUUGGGUGUUUUAUGUAGAUAUAUUCAAUUGUUCAUCUAGUCCAUGCCUUCUUAUGAUAUUGUCAAAGGUUUGCCAUGUGUAACAUAGGAAUUGAGGAACGUUUUUAUAAAGGUUGUGAAUGUACUAGGGAGGUACUCGGACACUCUUUUGUCAUUUUUUUAUACUUAACCAUCACAAUUGUUUUGUUUGUAGAUGUAUAUAUAUAUAUACAUUAAAUAUGCAGCUAUUUGAUGUUUUUUCUCGAUAUUGUCAAAGGGUAACCAUGUGUAAACUUAAACUGAAGAACGUUGUUAUGACAUUUGUAUGGCUUGUUAUGACAGCUCCUUUUAAUAAAGCUUUUCUAUACUCUAAC